AUCAGAUUCAAGCCGAAUCAGAUGCAGGCAGCUGGGAAAAUGCUAACGCAGGUGCCAGAGGAACCGUGGGCUACAGUAUGGGCAGACAUCGUCGGACCCCUGCCGCGUUCAAAACAUGGCAACCACAUGCUGCUGGUGCUGAUAUCCACAGGGUACACGCCGGCGUUUAUUACUCAAGGCAGAAAACCGAGACUACCGACAGAGAGACCUUGGGAACAGGGCGACCCACUGAGACUCCAGGGUCGAAGGCCAACCAACUCGGGGAAAUCUUUGAGAUUGUAAGGCGGAAUCUGGAGGAUCAGGCUAGGCGUUACAACCUAAGGAGGAGACAAUGGACACCAGCGGUGGGGGACGUCGUGUGGGCCAAGGUACAUCAUUUGUCAAAGGUGGCCGAGGGGUUCGCAGCAAAGUUGGCCCCAAGAUACGACGGAUCUUACCAGGUCACGGAUUUUGCGUCACCAGUAAUCUGCAAAAUACGGCACGUGAACACAAAGAAAGAGAGGACCAUCCACGUGAGCGAGUUGAAACAACAACAAACACAGAACACAAGCGAGCAGCUACAAGCAGAUACGGUAGACAAAAGCCAACAGUAAAGUCUCAAAGGACACGAGGAAAAGGGUCCAAGGAUAGCUCCAAGGAUACCCAAAGGACACGAGGAAAAGGGUCCAAGGAUAGCUCCAAGGAUACCCAAAAGUACAAGGAACACGUCAAGGAUAAAAGUGGAAAGGAACGAACCAAGGUCUCCAAGGAUUUGAUUAGGACUGGCAGCAGCAGUCUGCCGAAGGAAGGGGGAAGUCGGAACAACUAAGAGAGCUGUACCGAAAGAGGCCAAGCAUCCCGGGGAAGGGCUUAAUGCCCAGAUGAGAAGACGGGAUCGCCGGCCGGAUCGGGGUCCAAACCAAGAAACACAGCUUCAGGAGUCUGAAAGGGCACUCAUGGUCAACAAAGGCAACCUGCCAAGAUAAUAUAAGCUGAUAAGCACAUACAAGGAGUCGGGUGUGAGAUCAGAGUACUUACGUAGUGGCAAGGACAAGUGGAAACGCCGGGAUGAGGGGUACAAAAAAACUAAACUCCGGCCGACAGGUGCAACAGGGAA